AAAGUGUCAUUCAUCGGUAGUUCGAUUAAUAGCCACGAAGUUUGGUGUUCGUGUAAUAAUAGCAAAUUUUCGUUAUAAAGUGAAUGUAAUUAGCUGCAAUUAAUUUUAUUAAAAACAUAUUUCAAAUUUUUAGAGUCGCAAUUUUACAAAUUCUUUGGAUUUGCAUUUGUUUUUUUUAUCGUGUGUUUCGGAAACUUUACGUGUCUCAGGAACCGUCUGUUAUGUAGCAGCUUCAUCAGUAGGUUAAAGCGUACCCUCUGAGUGUGGUCAGUCACCACCGACUUUAAUAUAUCUUUUUAUAUAAACGGUAUGCAACCAACGCCUACGACGUUAUCUUUAGAGAAAAAUAUUCCAAAAACUAUGCAACAACAACCAACGCAAAAUAUGAUUAUGACAUCAAAUAAAAAGAAAAAAAUUGUUCGACUGCAAACGGCACCACCAUCUAAACAUAUACUGUCAUCAAAUAGUCAACACUUUCAAAUUAAUAAGGCAUAUAAUGUAGUUUCUAUUUUAAAAACAUCAAUUCCAAAUACUCAACGGCAACAACAUCAGCAACACCUGCAACAACCACAACAACAAAAACAUCAUCACCAACAGGCGCAACCUAUAACGCAAAGUUAUGCCAAUGUAGUUAAUAGGUCAGUGCCGACCGUAAUAUGUGGAAAUGGAAAUAUGGUUGCUGUUAACAAUUGUCAGAUAUCAAAUGCCGAUAUUAGCCCAACGCCCGUGAUUUUUAAUAUAAAUCAUCGAGCAGUAAAUAAUACUAGUUAUAUUGACCCGAAUAUAAAAACUGUAGGAUACAUUGGUAAAACUGACUGUAGUGCCAAUGGUAUCGGUAGUAGCAGUAACAAUAUUGCUGGUAGUGGUGGUAACGGCAGUAAUAUUAUUACUUUGGCCAAUAGCAAGUCGUCAAUCUGUCCUAAUAUGUUAGGGUCAUCAUUAGGUGGUGCCACAGGCGGUUCUUACCUUAAUGUGAAAGGUGUUGGUGUUAAUGUUAAUUGUAUCGAUAAUAGGAAUUACGAUUUGAAAAAUAACAAGUUAAUCAAUAACAAAAACUUUCAAGCAACGCAAGAGUAUGUUCCGCCAUCUGGUCCUAAUAAUACAAACAACGUUCGUUCAAACCAGCAGACCGGAAACCCUUAUCGCGGCCCAUCAACACAAACAUCGCGCACUAACGCUCGACAUGUUUCUCUUCAACCAAUGUAUACACAAAGAAUACAUCCUGGAGUAGUAUUACCUUUUGCUCCGCGGUUCGAUCCGCGUCAAGGUUAUCAAACUGGACAAUUUUCGAUUUCACAACCAAUGCAUGCAAGUCACUUUUAUCAGUACUCUUUUUUACAACCGAUGCAAACACAAUCACAUCAAUGUGGAUCAGUUAAUGUUAACGCUGGGGUAGCUGUUGCUAAUUCUAUGCCCGUACAAACUGGACCAAAUGGACCUAUAUCAGGGCCUACAGGCGCAGCUCAAGCACCAAUGACACUUACACCUGGAACAGUUUUAACAGGUGCAGUUCCACCUGUUACUAAUCCAGUAUUAGCUGUUGCUCCACCAACUUCAUCGCAGCAUAGUGGUAUUUCAUCAGUAACUACUUCACAAGGUAAUCGACUCCGAAAACAUUGUCUUCCAAUAAUUGACCCUCAUACGAAAAAAAAUAUAUUAGAGGAUUUAGACUUAAAUAAGAAUUCAUCAAAUAUGGAAUGUGAGUACCAAGACCAUGUACUGCCACCACAAACAGCUUCGAAAUUACACACUGAUAUGCAAUUUGGUACUGUACUGCAAGAACAAUCGCUUGGUGGAACUGAAGGCGAUAUUGUAUUAACAUCGGAAUCACUACCUUCAAACUCUAUUUUCUCUAUAGAUACACCGCAACUACAACAACAGAGAGAUUUAAUAGGACAAACUCCAAUAGUAUCAGCAAUAUCUGAUGCACCAUCUGUGGAAAUCCCAACAAUUGCUCAAAAGUUAAUAAGUAAAAAAUCGCAUAUUCCGAGAGAAAUAUUAUCUGUUCCUCAAACUACAAGUUCUUGCGUUGAAAGUAUUUCACAAGAUAAACCAUUGUGUGAAGACACUAAAACUGCGUCUAAUUGUGUUCAACAGAAACUUCCACCAUAUAUUGAAUCCAUGCCAGUGCCGGAUAUCGAACCGUUGCAACAAAAUGAAGAACAUUGUACCCCAAUAAUUCCAACUCCAGAGAAUGAUAAAAACAUUUUAAUGGAAAAUGUAACACUUGAUGUAGAAAAUAAUAUUAACAGUUGUAUCAGCGAUACAGAUAACGUUUAUUCAUCAGAAGAAUCAAAAGAAUCGAAAAAAACUGAAGGAAAUGUUUCAUAUUACAAUUCACUAGAAUCAAACCAAGUGACUUUUGAAGAUAUCGAAAAAGCUUCAGAUUUAAGCACAAACUUACAUAAUAAACAUUUGAAGAAGACUUCGUCAGCUUUGCCCGUACAAACAGCUAUAUUAGAAACAGAAAUAUUAGUAAACAGUGGGGAUGUUACUGAACGUGAAACUUACACACAACUAAAUAAAUUGGUUGAUUUGGAUGUCACAAAGGAAGACGCUCAAAAUAAUAACAAUGUGACAACCGAACUUUCCGCUACAGUCGUUAAAACAGAUACAGAACAUAUUAAUAAUGAAGGUGUUUUAAAAGAUGAAACAGAUCGUUCACAUACCACAAAAGUUUCGUACAUACCUUCUGAUCUUAAAAACCCCACUAAAAAUGAAAAAAUUGAAGAAAAUAUUUCUUCAUCAAAUAAAACCAUUUCAAUUAAAGACCAAGAAUUAUCACCGUUAACAACACCAAUAAUACCAAUAACAAAAGUAACAACAACUGACAUUGAGGACACAAAGACAUCAAAAGAUAUUGUUCCUACUCAAUUAAACUUUUCAAACCAACUACUCAUCAAUUAUAAUGAGGGGCAAUGGUCUCCUACUAAUCCAACCGGAAAGAAACGAUAUGAUCGUGAGCAAUUAUUACUUUUACGUGAUGCAAAUGCAUCUCGUAUACAACCAGUAGUCCACAACACGGCUAUACUACCUCAAACGAAUCUAAUGAUGCCAUCAUUUAUGCGUAAUAACAAUAAGCGUGUUCAAUCGAUGGUUGGAUCAAUAGGUGGUACCAAUCGAGGCAGCGACAUUAGUGUUGGUGGUGGCAAUUACGGAAAUAAGCAGGCGUCAAUGUCUGGCGUUCAUACUAGAAACAGCAUGAAAGGUAUGAUUCACAUAAAUCUAUCACUAAACCAAGAUGUAAAAUUAAACGAAACUGAUAAUGCUUGGCGACCUAGUGCGUUAAAUAAAAGUAAUAGUGGUGAAAAUGAUCCCGCAGCAAAAGUACAACGCGAGAAAGAAGAUCUUGUACGCCGUGUGCGUGGUAUUUUGAAUAAACUAACUCCAGAAAAAUUUGAUGCUCUAGUGGAGGAAAUAAUUAAAUUAAAAAUAGACACGCCUGACAAAAUGGAAGAUGUUAUGAUACUCGUAUUUGAAAAAGCGAUAGAUGAACCAAAUUUUUCUGUAUCUUAUGCACGUUUAUGUUAUAGUUUAAUAAGUGAAGUAAAAGCACGUGAAAAUAGAAUGGAAAGCGGUACAAAAUCCAAUUUAGCUCAUUUCCGCAAUGCAUUGAUAGAUAAAACAGAACGGGAAUUUACUACAAAUGUAAUACAAAGUGCAGCUAAAGAGGAAAAAUUACAACCAAUUAUUGAAAAAAUUAAAAAAUGUAAUGAUCCUAAUGAGAAAGCAGAGCUUGAAGCCUAUUUGGAAGAAGAGGAGAGAAAAAUUCGCCGUAGAUCUGGUGGUACUGUACGUUUUAUAGGAGAACUUUUUAAAAUUUCUAUGCUAACAGGCAAAAUUAUAAACCAUUGCAUAGAACAGUUAUUAAGACCCAAUUCCGAAGACUUGCUUGAAUGUUUAUGUAAAUUGCUAACAACUGUUGGUGCAAAAUUUGAACAGUCAGUGAUUCAUAAAGAUUCUUCCAUAUGUUUUUCUCUAGAAAAAAAAAUUGCUCGAAUGCAGGCAAUAGCAAAUAAAACAGACAAAGAUAAUCCAAAAGUAAGUUCUCGUGUUCGUUUUAUGUUACAAGAUGUAAUAGAUUUACGUGCAAAUAAAUGGCAAUCUAAACGUAAUGAGGCACCAAAAACAAUGGAUCAAAUUGUGAAAGAAGCAAAGACAGAACAAUUAUCAUCAUAUUUGAAUUAUAGUACAACAAUGCCUGCACCAGCAGGUAGUAAUUCAAAUGCUACAUCCUCUCAAUCUGGAAAUAAACGUGAUGACCGUAGCAUUCGAUAUAACGAUUCUCGUUCAUCUGGUAAUGGUUCUAGCCAUAGUCAGCGAGGCGAUGUUAAUAGUUUACGCCGACAACAAAUUAGUGGUAAUGUUUUAAGUAAUAGCAAUAUUAUCAGUGGUCAUAAUAAUAGUAACGACGACAAUACGUGGCAUGUCCAAACUAGCCGAGGUAGUCGAUCUUUAGCUGUUGAUACAAACAAAUUGGAAGGUAUGGUGUUAAAUCAGGAUAUUGAUAUUGGUAAAAAAAAAAUGGGCGGCUUAUCUCAAUUCAUAUGGAACAAUGAUAAUUCAAGACAAUCUUCAACCCCACAUACAAAUGCAACAAAUUCAUUUGCCGUACUUUCCUCGUUAGUUGAUACGACUAAAGGCAGUGAUCGAGGCAACGAUAGGGACAGAGACAGAAGUGGUCCACGUAAUAAAGGUUCCUACAACAAAAGCUCAAUGGAGCGUGAUAGAUGCGUAGAUCGAGGUUUACACUCACGGUCUGGUUCAUCUCAACCAUCUCGAGAAAACUCAUCAUCCCGCAGUUCGCAAAGUAUGCGUGGUAUGAGUAACUCAUCAUCUGUACAAAAAUCUACUAGUCAUUCAAAAUUCCAACAACCGUUAUCGACCCCCCGGACUUCUGGAAAGCUUAAUUCAUCAAAUUCCACUAAUUCUUUUCAACAAAAUCGUAUGGAGCAGCAAAAUUCCUCAUUUUCCGUACAAAAUUCGAAAAUGAAUGUAAGUAAUCUACCACCCUCUGCAGCACCUUCAGCAGUUUUCGAAGAACCUAACAACAGUGAUUUGAAAAUUAUAAAAGCAGUAGCUUCAGAAAUGGUUGAAAAUGUAGUGAACACAAAUUCGAUUGAUAUAUCUACUGUCUCCAGUAUAACUAAAGUAAGAGAUAACCAACGGUGCGGUUUCCUUUACUAUAUAUUUACUGAUUAUUUACAUUUACGCGAUGUCGGUCAUUCGCAAAGACGCCAUUUAGCGAAUAUUGUUGCAUUUCUGAUAAAACAUAACUUUUUAUCGUUGGAACACUUUUAUUUAGCUUACAAAAAUUUCUGUCUUCAAGCUGCCGAUCUAAUUGUUGAUGUGCCUGAGUUAUGGUUAUAUAUAUUUGAGUUCUCAGGUCCUUUGAUAAUAAAAAAGAUUUUAACUAUAAAUGAUUUAUGGACAAAAGAACUUAGAGAAGACAGUUCGCCAACGUUAGGACAAAAAUUUCUCAAGACAUAUUUAAUUUAUUGUACACAUGAAAUAGGCCCAAGCUUUACGCGCUGUAUGUGGCAAGAUUAUAAUAUGAAGUGGACCGACUUUUUAUCAGAGCCUGAUGUUGAAGAUUUUAUUAAAUCAAAUUCGUUUGAAUAUGUUACGAAUGAGAACAUUCAGCAUAAAAUAAUUAUUAAAGAUACUAAGGACAAACAUAUCAACCGAGUAUUGGAUCAUGUUGAUUAUUUGUUACAAGAUGGUUCUAAUGCGGACAAUGUAAUUGAUUAUAUAAAUGGAAACAUAAUUGAUAUUGACAAACAAUUUAUUAGAAGUUUAACAACAACUGUGUGCAAAUUUGCUAUUGCUUACAAUGAUUACAGCUACAAACUUGAAAUUAUCAAAUUUCAAAAAAUAUGUAUACCUGUCUUAAAUCGUUAUACUGAUUCGAAAGAAGAACGUGAGCUUGAAUGUCUUUACGCAAUGCAACUAUUGGUUCACAGUUUAGAGCAUCCAAGAGACCUCUUAAGUGAACUUUACGGAGAACUAUAUGAUGCUGACGUUAUACCGUAUGACUCAUUUAUAAAGUGGCGAGAUUCUAAAGAUCAAUCUGCUGGCAAGGGUGUUGCAGUAAAAGCAUUAAACCGUUUUUUUACUGACAUACAUUCAUGCAUAGGGGAAACUAGCGAUGAAAAUAAUUAGUUUCGGCAAGACAAUUUACUUCUAUGCUAUUGACUAAGACUUUAAAUAAAAAAUGUUGUAUGAAUAUUUAAA